GAGAGUUCUCUUGACGGUGGAGGCAAUGGUGCUUCUGAAUUGGCAGAAGUUCCUAGCGUUGUAUUACAUUCUCCGGAUGUCAAGCGUGAGAUAAUGAUGCUUUCUAUACCUGCUAUUGCGGGGCAAGCACUUGAUCCUUUAGCACAGCUUAUGGAGACUGCUUACAUUGGUAGAUUAGGCUCUCUGGAGUUGGGUUCAGCUGGUGUUUCUGUGAACAUCUUUAACUACAUUUCAAAGCUAUUUAAUAUUCCUCUUCUCAGUGUUGCCACUUCUUUUGUUGCUGAAGACAUUUCAAGAAGUGAAAAUAAUUCUUCUGCUUCAAAAAAUAGUAAUGGUAGUAGACCUUUUGAUGUAAUAGCAGAAAGAAAACAAUUACCAUCCAUGUCCACAGCUUUACUGCUAGCUAUUAUGAUUGGUACUUUUGAGGCUUUAGCCUUGUCUUUGGGAUCUGGCUUGUUUCUAAAUAUCAUGGGAAUAUCAUUAGAUUCACCCAUGCGGGCUCCUGCUCAGCGUUUUCUUUCACUAAGGGCUCUCGGUGCUCCUGCUGUUGUAGUGUCUUUGGCUCUUCAAGGAGUUUUCCGUGGGUUUAAGGAUACAAAAACUCCUGUUUUAUGUCUAGGUAUUGGGAAUCUUUUAGCUGUGAUUUUGUUUCCCAUACUUAUGUAUUCUUUCCAAAUGGGUGCAACCGGUGCAGCAAUUUCCACAAUUGUGUCUCAAUAUGUUGUCACCUUCUUAAUGCUAUGGUUUCUAAAUAAGAGAGCAAUACUACUGCCUCCAAAGAUGGGAUCAUUACAAUUUGGAGGAUACAUAAAAUCUGGGAAAUUUGGUGGUUUUCUUCUUGGAAGAACUCUUGUUGUUCUAACAACCAUGACUUUGGGGACAUCAAUGGCUGCUCAUCAGAUAUGCAUACAAGUAUGGUUGGCUGUUUUGCUUCUGGUUGAUGCCCUGGGUGCAUCUGCACAGGCUUUGACUACAAGUUAUAUGUCUAAAGGUGACUAUAAGACAGUGAAGGAAAUUGCUCACUAUGUGCUGAAGGUAAGGUCUUUUUUUCUGUGUUAAUUAUUUAUCGAGUUU